GUCCUUGCGCUUGCGCGAAGAUGGUGGAGGAGGAGAGUCUCCGCGUGGUUCGUUGUGGCGGCAGCGAGUUGAACUUCAGGAGAGCGGUGUUCUCUGCAGAUUCUAACCCUUAAAUCAUGCAUCCUUCAGAAGCUCAUUUAAAUCCUGAUUCCUGCUUGAAAACACCCCUAAUUGCUUACUUCACCACUUGAUCAACAAAGAUGAUUUGAGUCCUGUGUGACAGGCAUUGUGGUGGUGCUUUACAUGCAUCCCUGUCUGCAUGGUGUAUGUCUUCUGUGUCUCUGGAGACUUUAUUAAAGUUUAUAGCACAGCUACAGAAGAAUGUGUACAUAUAUUGCAAGGGCACAGAAAUCUGGUGACUGGAAUCCAGCUCAACCCCAAGAACCAUCUACAGCUAUAUUCGUGUUCCUUUGACAGCACGAUUAAACUGUGGGACUAUACAGAUGGCAUUUUGAUAAAGACUUUCAUAGUUGGAUGUAAACUUCAUGCCCUUUUUACUCUUGACUGUGCUGAGGAUUCUGUCUUUGUUAUAAUAAAUAAAGAAAAACCAGAUGUAUUUCAGCUGGUUUCAGUGAAACUACCAAAAUCAUCAAGUCAGGAAAUAGAAGCUAAGGAGCUCUCCUUUGUUUUGGAUUAUAUAAACCAGUCACCCAAGUGCAUUGCCUUUGGAAAUGAGGGAGAGUAUGUUGCUGCAGUACGGGACUUUUACUUGUCGGUUUAUUUUUUCAAAAAGAAAACAACAUCAAGGUUUACUUUAUCAUCAUCAAGAAAUAAGAAACAUGCUAAGAACAAUUUUACAUGUGUAGCAUGUCACCCGAAGGAAGACUGCAUAGCAACUGGUCACAGGGAUGGCAAAAUUCGUCUUUGGAGGAAUUUUGAUGAUGAAAAGAAAUACACAUACACAUGUUUACAUUGGCACCAUGAUUUGGUUAUGGAUUUGGCUUUUUCAGUGACAGGCAGCAGUCUGCUGAGUGGUGGCCGUGAGUCUGUCCUCGUAGAGUGGCGAGAGGCAGCAGAGAAGAAUAAGGAGUUCCUCCCCCGUUUAGGAGCUACUAUUGAACAUAUCUCAGUGUCUCCAGCAGGGGAUCUCUUCUGUACUUCGCACUCCGAUAACAAGAUGAUAAUCAUUCACCGAAACCUUGAGGCGUCCGCAGUAAUUCAAGGCCUAGUGAAAGACAGAAAUAUCUUUACCGGUUUGAUGAUUGACCCAAGAACUAAAGCUUUGGUUUUGAAUGGGAAACCUGGCCACUUGCAGUUUUAUUCUCUCCAAAGUGAUAAACAGUUAUAUAAUUUAGAUAUUAUACAGCAAGAAUAUAUCAAUGAUUAUGGUCUGAUCCAAAUUGAGCUAACAAAGGCUGCAUUUGGCUGCUAUGGUAAUUGGCUUGCAACGGUGGAACAACGUCAAGAAAAGGAAACUGAGCUUGAAUUGCAAAUGAAACUGUGGACAUAUAAUAAGAAAACACAAGGGUUUGUUCUCAAUACAAAGGUUAACAUGCCACAUGAAGACCACAUCACAGCUCUCUGUUUCUGUAAUGCAGAAAAAUCUGAAAACCCCACCUUGGUUACAACAAGUAAAGAUGGUCACUUCAAAGUGUGGAUAUUAACAGAUGAUUCUGAUAUAUACAAAAAAGCUGUUGGCUGGACCUGUGAUUUUGUGGGUAGUUAUCACAAAUACCAAGCAACUAACUGCUGUUUCUCCGAAGAUGGCUCUUUACUAGCAGUUAGUUUUGAGGAAAUAGUUACAAUAUGGGAUUCGGAGACAUGGGAACUUAAAUGUACAUUUUGUCAACGAGCUGGGAAAAUAAGGCACCUUUGCUUUGGGAGAUUGACUUGUUCCAAGUACCUUCUUGGUGCCACUGAAAAUGGCAUUCUGUGCUGUUGGAAUCUGCUCAGUUGUGCAUUGGAGUGGAGUGCAAAAUUAAAUGUGAGAGUUAUGGAACCUGAUCCCAAUUCAGAGAACAUUGCUGCAGUCUCUCAGUCUUCCAUGGGUUCAGACUUGUUUGUGUUUAGACCUAGCGAGCCAAGGCCAUUGUAUAUUCAAAAAAAUAUCUCCAGAGAGGAAGUCCAGUGGGGAGUGUUUGUUCCACGAGAUGUCCCUGAAUCAUUCACCUCAGAAGCCUACCAGUGGCUGAACAGAUCGCAGUUUUACUUCCUAACAAAAUCACAGAGUUUAUUGACAUUCAGUACACAGUCUCCAGAAGAGAAACUCACACCAACAAGCAAACAGCUAUUAGCAGAAGAAACUCUUCCAACAACCCCAUUUUAUUUCAUAUUGGGAAAGCACAGGCAGCAACAGCAGGAUGACAAGUUAAAUGAAGCUUUGGAGAAUGAACUGGUACAACUACCCUUAACAGAAAACAUACCUGCAAUUAGUGAGCUUCUUCACACUCCAGCCCAUGUACUGCCAUCUGCUUCUUUCCUGUGCUCCAUGUUUGUAAAUUCAUUGCUGCUGUCUAAGGAGACUAAGAGUGCUGAAGAAAUUCCUGAUGAUGUCAGUAUGGAAGAAGAAAAAGAAAGUGUUGAUUCAGAUGAAGAAAAUAACUUCACUGAAGAGGUCCAGGAUACAAAUAACACAGAUUUGGGAAAAGACAUUAUACAUCAGUUGUCAAAAUCUGAAGAAAAGGAACUGAGAAAAUUUAGGAAAGUAGACUACAGCUGGAUGACUGCUCUUUAAGCCUUGGAGAAUAGGGAGAGGGUUUUACACUUUGUGUUUUUUUGUUUUGUGGGGUUUUUUUGUUUGUUUUUGUUGUAUGUUGCUAUUCCAGAAUUCUAUUUUAAUGUUAUUUGUUCAUAAAAUGUUAAAUAUUAACAGGC